GUCUGAGCACUUGUCCGCUUGUCCGCUUGUCCGACUGUAUAGCAAUGUCGUAACCCACUAUUGAUGCUGAUAGAUAGAUAGUUGCCCGAUAGUGUGGAUCCGAACCAGGGAACCCAGGGGGCAUUCAUGGUUCAGGUCCGAGGGCUAAUCAGCCACUAUUGAGCCUCUGGACCCUGAACCCUGAGCAUGAAGUAUGCAUGGGAAGAUCUCUCUCUUUCCUCAACUCAACCGGACAGACGGAUCAGAGUCAGAGUCCGUCUGUCUCGUGUUUCCCUCCCUUCCCUUCUUCCUUCUUUUCACCGUCUAUCCAUCCCCUCCAUCCCAUCCCAUUCCAUUCCUUCCUUUCUUCCUCCCUCCCCUUACCCCGCAUAGCAAAAGAACCCCGCGGAUCCACCAGAACAGGAACGGCAUCCCACCAUCUAUCCCCAUUCGCAACGAGUCGAAAUUACCCCAAUCAUCGCCCCGAUCACAGUACUAUCACACCCUUUCCGUGUAUGUACCAACCACCCAUCUCUCUUCUCCGGAAAAGACACCCAUCCCACCAGGGAGUCAUUGUCAGUCCAUAAGAAAUGGAAAAACAGAGAUCGGAGAUCGGAGAUCCAAAAUGAGAAUGGGGGUAGAAGGGAGAGCUGAAAAUGCGGGGAAUUCCUCCCUCCCUCCCUCCCCCGACCUCGUGUCAACUAACUAGGUACCUAGCAAGGGUCCUGUGCGAUGACCUGACCCACCCAGAGAUUGGCGAUCGGUGAUCGGCGUUGGGUAUUCACUCUGUAUCAUGUGCGGGAAUCUGAGGAUGGUGGGGUGUUGGUGUUGGUGCUGGUAUUGGUGCUGGUGCUGGUAUCGGUGCUGGUACUGUAGAUGGAGAAAGAGAUGCAGGUAGCUUUGGAUGUAGGUAGGUUGGCUGGCUGGCUGGCUGUCUAUCUGUCUGUACUGGUAGUGAUAGUGGUAGUGGUGUGGUGAUACUGAAGUUGAAAUGGUACCACGAUUGGGCUGGAUGAUUGGGUGCGUUUGCAUUCUGCUUCUGUGCUGUUAACGGGCUGGCGGGCUGGCCAGUCCGGUGCAACCGAAAGAGGGAUAGAGUAUAUAGAGUGAAAAGAAGAACAGAAUAUCUGACAGCGGAAGCCUGCAGCAAGGAGAUGAGGAUGUAGUAGGAACCGUUGGAUUGAUGUG